GGUUAAACGAUACUUUGAAUACGAAGAUCCUAAUGGGACACCGAUUGAGAUAUGGCGACAAGUUUCUUCAAAGUUACCACUAAUAAAGUUGAUGAUCAACCGCGACAAGCGUCUCGCAAGGAGUCAGGACGAUCCCGACUGCUCAUGUAUCUGUACAAGACAGAACAGGACAGCUGCUGCGAGGUGAAAAACAAGAACAAAAGGCAGCCCCCAGCUUUCAGCAGAAGCUUCUGUGAUUCGCAGCAUAACGGCUCGAGUCCGACUGCUGCUGCUCCUCUAAGAGUUUACUUACUAUGUUGUAUAUCUGAUUCUUUCGGCAUCAUAAUUGCUUUGCAUCAGGUGCAAUUUUUCUCGCUGAGUUCAAAUGAGGUAUGAAAAUAGUAGCGGCCUGCUCCAAAGGAAAGCAAGAAUAUAGUAUUCAUUAUUUAAUUAAUGCCAGCUAAUUUUGAGGUCGCUUUAAAAGAUUUCUCUUUGGUUGUUCGAUCUCUAUAAUAUUAUUUAUUUAGUCUGAAUUAAGCAUGUAUAUCAGCGUCCUUUUGAUAGUUCUUAAUCACUUAACCAAGUUUGAGAUUA